AUGACGGCUCUCCUCGCGACCACCGCGCUGGGAUUCUCCAGCAUGCCCGCGACGUGCGAGACGGCCGCCAAGGAGCCGCCCAUCCCGGGCAAGAUGCCCGGGACCACCAAGCCGAGCAUCCUUCUCGCCCAAGACGUCGAUUGGCCACCCUACGCCUAUCUGGCGAUGCCGCCAGAAGGAGACUACACUGUAGCUGGCUUCGGAAAGGACGUGGCCAUGGGCCUGUCGGAGGUCUGCGACAUUGAGGUGGAAGUGACCCAAGCCACGUGGGCGGGCUGCUGGUCCGACGACAAGAUCGGGGCCGACGCAAAGGCGGGCGUGUACCACGGCUGCAUGACCUACACGCACACCAUUGGCUCGCGCCCCCGCUGGAUGGAGUUCUCGCACUCCAUCCUCGAGAACAACAAGCCGGCCGGCCUCCUGACCACCCUCGACGAGACCGGCACCCCGAAAGUCGUCGACGUAAACGGUUGGGCGCCCACCCAAGAUGGCCUCGCGGUCACCAAGAACGCGUGCACGGGCAACACGGCCUUCUCGGGAUACGAGUGGGUGACGCCUUCGGAAGAGACUCUGGCAGCGUACGAGAACGAGAACGACCGCGCGCUCAAGACCCUCCUCGAUGGGGAGGCCGACGCGAUGUUCGUGUACGCCGACCAGGCGUACACGUACUCUUGCGCCGACAAGGACGUGCAGCCCGCGUGGGACUGCGAUCUGUGGAGCGGGCUCGGCACCAAGUUCGCCUACAUCCACACCGGCAUGUUCGAGACGGCCUUCAACGGCACGACCCUCACCAUGUCCAAGCGCGGCUCGGGGCUGUCGAAGAUUGUCAACCCGUGCAUCGACAAGUUCAUCACGACCAAGUCGUACUACGACAUCUGCGUCAAGCACGACUUUGUGGACGACUGCUACGCGAACGAGUUCUUCCCUGAGGGCUCGGACUCGACCGAUCCGUGGGAGCUUCCCACCAGCGAGCAGACCGGCGACUGCUCCUCGGGCUACUGCGGCUGCUGAGCUGGUAUGGACGCUAUGGAGGCCGCCGGCCCGUACAUGUAUAAGCCGUACGUUUACAGUACGCGCAAGCCGUACACGGCUUUGUGCGGCUUUAUAAAGAGGGGCGUAUUGGCACA